AUGCCAUCAACACCCCUCCAACCACCAGACCACCCCAUCGCCCUCCGCCACUCCCACCUCCUCGCCCCAGCCCCAGACCGCCUAACAAACACCCCCACAACACUCACACUCCGCAAAGACGAACCCAUCGACAGUUUCCGCCGCAGCACCCCGCUCUACACAGUCUCCGGCCGCGUCUGGAGUAAUUCCCAACAACGCGAAAUCAGAGAUGUAUCCGGCCGCCCACUUCUCGAACUGCGCCGCAUCUGGUGGCGCGGCCAGUGGAUCGUUAAACGAGCCGGCGGCGUCGGCGAUGAACUCCUCUGCGCAGAAAUGAGAUGGGCUAUCGGGAUGAAAAUUGGGGCGAGGUUUUCCAACGCCCUCGUUGCGGGGAGCGAGGGGAUGACCGUUUCGCGCGGGGGGAGAGGUCCGAGUACGAGUCCGGGACCCGGCACCAGUUUAGGUGGAUCGAGUGGAUCAAGGACGACAAGAUCAUUAUCAAGAUCACGGCCUCGAACUGCGCAGCCAACGCCAACGCCAACGCCAGCACCAGCGUCCGGGCCAGGAUCUACUUCAGCCUCGGCUGCAGCUGCGGCCGCAGCCGCAGAAGCAGAACGCAGCGCAGGAACAGCGGCAGCAACAGGGACAGGGACAGGGAGUGCAACAACAGGACCAGCACCAAGACCAGCAGCCCUCGGAUCAGCAUACUAUCGACCAACGCCAACCCGCCGCCGAACAAUAAGCAACUACCCCCACGCACCACCAAUAGCCCGGGACGCCCCACCCCCAUACAGCGCAACAGCAGCAGCCGGACACGCAACACACAGCGAUAACGAGAACUCCAACGACAUCUCGCACGAAAACUCCCACUCAAACGACAGCAACACAUCCAACACCCCCAGCGCCUCAUCAAGCCGCACAUCCCUCUCCAGCACCGCCGACAGCAGCGACGACGACAGCGACACAAAAAGCCGCAGCACAGUCUUACCCUCUUACGAAAGCGUCCGACGAAUGCGCCGGCACUCCUCACACCACAGUCUCCGCGAUCUCCUAGACGCAAUCGAACCACCCCGAGAACCAGCCCCCGCAUCCGCAGCCCCGUAUCCGACUCGGCGACGCUGGAGUGAGAGUUGGACUAGUAUUGACCCCCGCGUUGAACUUAAGGUUGUGCAGGCUAGUUCGACGGUUGCGGAGGUUAUGAUGGGGGAGAGGAAGAUUGUUCAUGUUAAGCGGGGAAGGGUUUUGGAUAUUGUUGGUUCUGGGAGACGGACGAGGUGGGAGGUUGAGAUUGCUGAGGGGGUGGAUUUGUUGUUGGUUUCUUGUAUUGUGCUUAUUAUUGCUGAGUCGCAGUCUGUGAGGCAUGAGAGUCGGUAG